CUAAAAUUCUCCACACAGCUACUAGAAAAUGUCUUCGUCCGCCAUUGUUUUGGUUUGUAAGAUCAGCACAGCGACACUGAUCGACAAACUACUGCAAGACAUUAUACACCUCCACGAUCAGAAGUGAGAUUCGGAACGACAAUUGAAGUUUUCCGAGGUCGACAGCACUUUUCUAAGGGCUUCAUGAAGAUCCAUACAUCACCAGACAAACAAAGAAAGACAUGGUGAUGUGAUCUACACAAGUGUGUCCUUAGACAUCACGUGCUGCGGUCUACCUGUGAGGCCUGCAGGGCACGAGGGCAGUUUUCUUGCUGACGUUUCUUCAUCAAACAUCAAAGACUCUAACCCUGGUGCAAAGUAUGUCCACUUAAAAGCAAUGCAGAUAUGUUUCUCAGGUUAAGAAGGAUAAAAGUGCGAGCUCAGUGCUCGUGCUUUAUUUCAGUCUGCAUUGUCAUAUUUUAUUAUUUAUUAUUUGCUUCCGACAUGAUUAGAGUGGACGAAAACACAGUUUUCCUCAGAGAAGGGACUAGCGGUAAAACAUGGAUGGCGGGGAUGAACGCUCACAAGGAACCCAACACUCAAACGUGUGAACAUCCGGUUCUUGACCCGUUUGACCCUUCAAUCAUGCAGUUCCACGAAAAGUAUUCACCAGUGAACUGCAGCCAAGCCGAGGAAGACUGGGUGUACACCAUCAACGGCACGUUUCGCAUCUCAAAGCACGCGCUUCGCCUGCCCGGGACGAUCACGUGCGAGUACAUCCCACUCGAGCGGCAUGGCGACUUCUCCGUCCGUGAAGGGCUGCAUGUCAAUCCCAUGCUGGACGGCGCACCGCUAACGACGGACUUCUUCAUGGUGUACUGCGAGUCAAGCACUGGAAAAAGGUAUCUGAACAUCCACUCUGGCGUGGUCAGGAACAAAGACGUUUUCUCUCGGCUGGAGACUUUGGGUAGCAUUUCAUCUAUCCCUAUGAUGACUCCGCCCUCCACACACACGUCGAAACAAGAAUCUGUUCCGUUGUCCUUAUCCCUCAUUUCCAAAAGUCUGGCUAGCCUGAACUUAAAUGUCUUUAUGUUUGGUUUCGACUCCAUGUCUCGUAUGUCAUGGAUUCGUCUCCUUCCGCGCACACGUAGAUACUUCCUGGAGACUCUUGGCGGUCUUGAACUUGAAGGAUACAACAUUGUAGGGGACGGAACGCCGGCCGCAUUGCUCCCCAUUCUAACGGGGCAUCAUGAAGAAGAGUUGCCAGAGGCCAGACGGGGCAUGCCCGGGGCACAGCCAGUAGACGGACAUCCGUGGGUGUGGAAAGAGUUCAAACGUCACGGUUACGUCACGGCUUAUGCCGAAGACAUGACCAACGUCGGAACGUUUCAAUUUCGCAUGCUGGGUUUCAAAGAACAGCCCACCGACCACUACAUGAGGCCGUUCUACCAAGAGGCUGAGAAAAUGUACGAGACAAAUAUUCCUUAUUGCCUGGGCUCUACACCCCGUCACCUCAACUUCAUGCACUGGUUCGAGGAGCUGUUUGCUACCUACACACGACACCCAAAGUUUUUCUUUGGUUUCCACAGUGAGUUGAGUCACAACAGUAACUUUCCUGUGCAGGCUCUUGAUGAAGAUCUGGUGUUAUUCCUCGACAGACUGGAAAAGAGUGGUCACCUCAAUUCCACCCUCCUUAUUCUCAUGGCUGACCACGGGGCCAGGUUUUCUUACAUUCGGGCCACAACGCAGGGAAAGCUAGAAGAGCGCAUGCCUUACUUUGCCUUACGUUUCCGCCAUGGGUAAAAACAACUUCAUCCUCAGCUCAUCCGCAACUUGGAGAUAAACACUCGGAGGCUGACGACGCCGUUUGACAUUCACGAAACCCUGAUGGAGGUGCUGACCUACUCCGGGUCAGGGCUGGGGGACAUCUCCAAGAGAGCCAUCAGCCUCUUCAAGGAAAUCCCGAAACAUCGGAGCUGCAGCCACGCUGGGGUGACUCCUCAUUGGUGUGCCUGCCUGAAGUGGGACACUCUUAAACUCUCAGAUUCUAGCGUGCUGUCGGCGGUGAAGUCGGCUAUAAGUAAGAUCAACUCGUACACAAAGUACAACAGAAAGAGAUGCGCAAUUCUGAGCCUGAAGAAGAUAACUUCCGCUGCACGCUACCUCCCGACUUUCGAGGAUUAUGUGGCUGAACAGAAACUUCGGCAGUACACAGAGAAUUUUACUCAGCCUAGGCUGAGUAACUAUUUAGAUAUAAAUCAAGAAGUCUAUCAGGUGUCCUUCAUCACUCAGCCUGGAAACGGCCAUUUUGAAGUGACGUGCACUCUUGAUACAACUACUGGAAAUUUCUUCGUAGCGAGCACCGACAUCAGUAGAAUAAACAAGUACGGAAAUGAUGCAAACUGCAUUGAAAAAAGGCAUCCUCGCCUUCGUCCUUUUUGCUACUGUAAGUCAGGUUCGUGGUGGUUUGGGUGAUGAACUCUUAAACUCUUAAACUUUUACAGACACUCAGGCUUGCAGUGACUUUAGACAAUUUUGUUGCCCUACAUUACAUUCAUAGUACUUGCAAUUUGUGCUCACUACAUGGAUGUCACUACCUACUUGCUCGUUAGGAGUAGAAAACAUUCUUUGAUAACUACUAGGUGGAUGACUCAGUCCUAGCUGUCUGCUAGAAUAGUCAGCUUUGUCUUAGCACUUUGUCGGAUUGUAACACUAGCCUUGCUUGUAUUGAUGAGAUAGCAACUGUGAACUAAACUUCUUUUUUUACUCC